GUAAGACUGGAAACAUCUGGGCUGGAUGGACUUUAGCAUCAAAAGAAGUUCUCAACUGUUAACUCGAAAAAUAAACUACAUCAAAAUGAAGCAGGUACCAGAGAUCCUUGGAAAUACCAAUGGGAAAACUCAGAAUUGUGAAGUGAAUCGCGAGUGUUCUGUCUACCUGGGCAAAGCACAACUUUCUGCCACUCUACAAGAAGGUGUCAUGCAAAAAUAUAACGGCCAUGAGGCUCUUCCAUUUAUUCCAGCUGAUAAAUUGAAAGAUCUGACCUCUCGAGUGUUUAAUGGCGAGUCUGGGGCCCAAGAUGCCAAGCUGCGCUUUGAACCCCAGGAGAUAAAGGGAGUCGGAACACCACCCAACACUACUCCUAUCAAGAAUGGCUCUCCAGAAAUUAAGCUGAAAAUCACUAAAACCUACAUGAAUGGAAAGCCUCUUUUUGAAUCUUCCAUUUGUGGAGACAAUGGUGCAGAUGUGUCUCAGUCAGAGGAAAAUGAACAAAAGCCAGCAAACAAGGAGAGGAGAAGCAGAAAAAGAAGCAUAAAAUAUGACUCCUUACUUGAGCAGGGUCUUGUUGAAGCAGCGUUAGUAUCAAAGACUUCAAGCCCCACUGAAAAGAAGGCUCCUGCUAAGAGAGAUCCAACUCAAAGUACCGUCAAAGAAGACAAAGUCCAUCUGUUGAAGUAUAAUAUAGGAGAUCUAGUGUGGUCAAAAGUGUCUGGUUUUCCAUGGUGGCCAUGUAUGGUUUCUGCUGAUCCUGUUCUCCAUGCCUACACUAAACUAAAAGGACAGAAAAAGAGUUUUCGUCAAUAUCAUGUUCAGUUUUUUGGAGAUGCCCCAGAGCGAGCCUGGAUAUUUGAGAAGAGCCUUGUGCCCUUUAAAGAAAAAGACCAGUUUGAACAAUUAUGCCAUGAAAGUGCAAAACAAGCCCUCACUAAAGCAGAGAAAAUAAAGAUGUUAAAGCCUGUUUCAGGGAAACUGCGGCCACAGUGGGAGAUGGGUGUUAAGCAAGCAAGUGAAGCAGUAGGCAUGACAGUGGAAGAACGGAAGGCCAAGUACACCUUCAUCUAUGUUAGGGACAGACCUCAUCUGAAUCCUCGAGUGGCAAAGGAAGUUGGCGUUGCUGUGGAACCCCUGGAGGAGGUAGAUGAGUCGUCUUACUCGAACGAAGAAACCACUCAAAAUCUGAAAUCCAUGAAGGAGUCUGGCAUUCCUAACAAGAGGAGGAGAAGGACAUCAAAAUUGUCAACCACUGAUGAUAUGGAAGAAAGCACUCAGUCAGGGACUAAGGAUACGACUCCUCAAAAGUCAUCCGAACAGGCAGAAUCCAAAAGAGGGAUAGGCUCCCCUCUCAGUAGAAAGAAAACUCCAGCAUCUACUCCACGAAGCAGAAAGGGCGAUGCAGUAUCUCAGUUUUUGGUCUUUUGUCAGAAGCACAGAGAUGAGGUGGUUGCUGAACAUCCAGAUGCUUCAAGUGAGGAGAUUGAAGAAUUGCUCGAAUCGCAGUGGAACAUGCUUAGUGAAAAACAGAAAGCUCGCUAUAACACAAAGUUUGCCAUAGUGACCUCUCCCAAAUCUGAAGAAGACUCUGGUAACUUACAUGGAAAUAAAAGAAAACAAAAAAAGAGGACAAAGGAACCUACAGAAGAUUUUGAAGUUCAGGAAGCACCUAGGAAAAGACUCAGGAUGGAUAAACAGAAUAAUCGGAAGAGGGAGACAAGCAAUGACAAAACAGCCAAAACAAACUCUUCUAAGGUCACAGAAACCUCCUCUUCACAAAAGAACCAGUCAGCAACGAAAAAUCUGUCUGAUGCAUGUAAACCUCUGAAGAAGCGAAAUCGGGCUUCAGCAGCAGAAUCUUCAACUCUUGCUUUUAGCAAGAGUUCAUCUCCUUCAGCUUCCUUAACUGAGAAUGAGGUAAAAAAAAAGUGGUGUUUGCACACAGCCAUUUAAUUACAAAAAUUAUCAGGUGUGAAUCUUGUUUAAAAACACAAAAAUCAAAGGCGAAUUCUCUAACGUUGGUGCUCUAGACAAGUUACAGUUUUGGCCUCUGUGAAACCUGUUAACGUGUGCAUUGCAAAUUCAUUUAUUGUAAUACAAACGUCUGAUUUGGGGACGUCGAGAUAUUAUUGUGGUUUUUAAUGUAUUUACCAACAAGGUUUUAGAAUUGUAACCUUCUAUUAGAGGCAAAGUAAAAUGCCAGUGUGUUCUGUAUUUUCUUCUACAGACUUUAUGUAAGUGUACUACAUUAGUUACAUUAUGUAACUCAAUAUUGUCAUGUUGCCAUAGCUUUUAUAUUGAAGCAAGUUUCUUAAUCCUCUAUUUGAUUUAGAACUGGACAGUUUUCUGAGCAGAGCCCCUUUAAGCUCAAAUUAGUUUUCAGGCUGUUUAAGCGCUAUUUCUCUGUGAUGCAAAUAGCUUCAUCCCCAGUAGAGUUAAACAGGCAGUGAAGGAUGUAUCUUUUUGAUACUUACUAAUCAUAGUCUUAGCUCUGCAUAUUUGGAACUGUAAUUCUUCUCAAUUGACAUACAAUAAAUGAAAUGUAUGUACCAGAAGUGUAUUCAUAUAAUCCAUGAAACCAUUCCC